GGAAGUGACAUCAGAACAACCACAAACGGGAGGAAGUUCAGUGUGGCGCCUGUCCCGCGUGCGGUCAUCAAAAAGAGGGUCUGCGUCGACCUCCACGCGGUUUGUCUCUUUAAAAAACUACACAAUGGCGACCUCUUCGCGGUCUCUUUCAUUCCUCCUGAGACAGUCGGACUGUCUGCGGCGGCCGGCCGGUCUCUGCUCUCCGAGGCGCACAUUCAUGUCCCGCUUGUGGAGACGGGAUUUCAAGGCAGCGUCCUUCUCCCGGGGAGCCGGUCGGCUGCUGUCGAACCGGUCCGGAAGCAAAAACUGCGCAGCAUCUGUAUUUAGCAGCUCCUCGGACGGGCAGGACAUCACACAGAGCCUGUGGUCGGUUUACAGUGAGACCAAGAGGCAAACCGAGGAUAUGUCCACCAGCGCUGUCGACCCAGACACCAUUUUUGCCAACAACGAGAUUAGCCUGCGAGACAUAGAGAUAUACGGCUUCGACUAUGACUACACCCUGGCCUUUUACUCCAGCCAGCUCCACACGCUCAUCUUCAACAUAGCACGAGACAUCCUCAUCUCCAAGCACAGGUAUCCAGAGGGUCUUCGGGAAUACGAGUAUAUUCCAGAUUUUGCUGUAAGGGGACUUCAUUAUGACGUCCAGAAGGCACUGCUGAUGAAGAUAGAUGCUUUUCACUAUAUCCAGCUGGGAACUGUGUACAGAGGUCUUCAUCCGGUUCCUGAUGAGGAAGUAAUUGCCAUGUAUGAAGGCAGCCAUGUGCCUCUGGAGAUAAUGAGUGACUUCUAUGGCAAGAGCAUACAUGGCCACACAAUGAAGCAGUUCAUGGACAUCUUCUCCCUCCCGGAGAUGACCCUCCUUUCUUGUGUCAACGACUUCUUCAUGAGAAACAACAUCGACUACGAGCCAGUCCACCUCUACAAAGACGUAAAGGAAGCUAUCCGAGAUGUUCACGUCAAAGGCAUCAUGUAUCGAGCAGUGGAGGCCGAUAUGGAGAAAUACAUUUGCUAUGGUGAGGAAAGCCAAGCUGUGCUAAAGAAGCUGUCAGCUCAUGGAAAGAAGAUGUUCCUAAUCACCAACAGCCCCUUUGACUUUGUGGACCGCGGAAUGAGCUACAUCGUGGGAAAGGACUGGAGGGACCUGUUCGACGUUGUUAUUGUCCAAGCAGACAAACCUAGUUUCUUCAAUGACAGGCGGAAACCUUUCAGGCGAGUGACAGACAAAGGGGCUUUACUGUGGGACAGAAUUUACCGUCUGGAAAAAGAGCAAAUCUACAAGCAGGGAAACCUCUAUGAGUUCCUCAAACUCACCGGCUGGAGGGGAUCCAAAGUACUUUACUUUGGAGAUCACAUUUAUAGCGACUUGGCAGACCUAACUCUAAAACAUGGCUGGAGGACGGGCGCCAUCAUCCCUGAGCUGAGGAAAGAGAUCAAGAUCAUGAACACUCCGCAGUACGUGCACAUGAUGACCUGGUUACUGGCACUAACUGGACUCAUUGAACAGAUGCAGGUGCACAGGGAUCCCGCAGCUCAAGCUGUCGUUGAGGAGUGGAACAGAGAAAGGGAAUCCAUGAAGCCGCUGUCAAAGGACAUCUUCAACCCUCAGUUCGGGAGCCUCUUUCGCACGUGCCACAACCCCACCUACUUCUCUCGCCGACUCUCCCGCUUCGCCGACAUCUACAUGGCCUCCAUCAGCUGCCUGCUCAACUACGACCUGCAGCACACCUUUUUCCCUCGCCUCACUCCUCUGCAGCACGAGGCUGGGUUGGAGGUUUCUCUUCCUGCUCCACAAAAUAAGAACGGAGUCUGAAGAGUUGAGGAAGUACGGACGGAGCAAUAUGCAUUUUUAUUUUGAUUUUAAAAAAAAGAACUUCAAAUGAGUAAAUUAUUUAUGUGUCCUUUCAACGAACUAAGUCUCAAGAGAGGACCACUUGUCAUAGUGCUUUGUAAGUCAAAUAUGUGUGUGUGCGUGCAUGUGUGUGUGUGUGUUGUGAACUGUGCAGGAGGUAGAUUUAUUUAAGUUCAGCUGCAUUUUACACUUUUCAAACAGUAGGGGGCAGUCACACACCAGUUUUAGUAUCUAUUUAUUUAUUUUUACUAUUUCUGCUGGUGCAGAGGGAAUUUUACAUCUACACUUCAAAUCCAUUGCCUUAAUCUGUUCACAUCACUGCAGGGUAUAUAUUUUUCUAAUAGGCUGCUGUGAUUUGCAUCCUAAUUUUGCGCCUUACAUUGACACAUUGCACAAUGAGCUCUAAUUAUUGUUUUUGCCAUUUUCACACCAGUCAGCCUUUAUGUUUGCAGCUGCAAGUCUGUUAUAUUUAUUUGGAAAAACAGAGCCUCGUUACUUUAUUUUGUUGGAUUUUGCUGUUUGAUCUGCUAAAGAAGCUUCGUCCUGUAGAGGUUUACACAGUUUUGAAAAGAGCUGGUGGAAUGUUUUUUACACAUAGAGGUAAGGUUUAUGAACGAUACAUUCAAAAAAAGAGUCUCAAAAUACAGCAUCUAUUUGUUUCUGCUCUUGGAAAUUUGUCAGUGAGUAGUUUUUGUUGCAUUUUAUUAUUAAAAUAUAUCUUGAUCCUC